AUGGUAGUUGCAAGUGUUGCUACGACAGAAACGAUCCAGGAGGAUCAGCUUAUUCAGAUAGCUCGACAGCACUGGGCUCCUCAUGCGCCACAAAAUCGUCCAUUUGAUCCAAAUUUAAUUGAUACAAUUUAUGAAAACGAAUUAGUGCGAAAUCUUUUUAUGCAAAAGAAAGUCAUCGUGCUGGAAUUCAGUCAGUACCUCGAGCGUUAUCUAUGGCCGAAUUUUAAUGCAGAGAGAGCCAAUAAUCAUUAUGUUAUGUCCGUCGUAAUUAUGCUCAACGCAAAAUUCCGAGAAAGGAUUCCAGUUUGGCGUUGUAUUAUUGAACGUCCGGCUCAGUUUCCGGUUUUCUUUCGAAGAAUUUUGCAUCUUGUAUUAGAUGUUGAACAGAUUACAUUAUUAGAACGGUCUGCAAUUAUUACAUUCCUAAUCAACUGCUUCAACUCAGUAGCAAGAAGUGGAUUUAGUGAGAAAGGAAGUGAUGAAAAUAGUUUCACUUACGAUGUGGUCCAAUUUGCUUCCGGUUGGUUUUAUACUUUACUUUUCUUGUUAUCUGAGACUCAAAGAGAAGAUCUCUUCCAAGCAAACCCAAAAUUGCGGAAAAUAUGGAAUAAGAUCGAAACGAAGACAGAGUUAAAAACAGCUGAAGAAGAGGAAUUAUUAACUUUUGAACGUACAUUUAUGUGGAAUUUGUUGCAAAUUUUCAAGCAAACGCUGGCGCAUGUUGAUGACGAAUCUAACGAAGUGGGAAUUGAUGGCAUACAUUUUUUGGAAUGUUGCUUGCAGUUAUUUAUUGAUUUGGAAGCUUUAUUGACUACAAGGCGUUUCUUUAAUGCUAUAUUGCAUGCAAGUAACAUAUUGGUAAAUUGUACACUAUCUUCAUUGAUAACAGCAGAAGUUGGGGGAUUAUUUUGUCAGCUUGUCACAAUGCUGAGGUUUUAUUCACGUUUUGAAAUCGAUGAUGUUACCGGUGAGCCGCUUACUCAUAACCAAAUGUCUGAAAUGCACUACACGCAUAUUAUGAAAUUACAGAAAGCUGCCUUCAAGUAUUUCAGGGAAAGUAUGUCCGAUUUUUAUUUAUUAAAUGUUACUGCUGUUGAUACAAGGAAAGCUUUGAUAAAGCAAUUUUCAUCAAUGAGUGAAUCGGAAUUAUAUAAAUUUGCGGAAUAUCUACAUUUGGUACCUUCACAAGAAUUCAACUUAAAUAUUUCAUCGAGUUACGAAAAGAAUUAUCUUAUUGAAAUGAUUACAUCACGUUGUGAACGACGCAUCAACCAAUUACAGCAGCUCAAUGAACAACCGCUUUAUCCAACUGAAAAAGUCAUCUGGGAUGAAAAUCUUGUUCCAUACGAUCAAUAUAAUGGUGAAGGUAUACUUGCACUGAAUAAAUUAAAUAUUCAAUUUUUGACAUUCCACGACUAUUUACUUCGCAAUUUCAAUCUUUUUCAAAUGGAAUCAACAUAUGAAAUUCGUCAAGAUAUCGAAGAUGCCGUAUUUCGUUUGAAACCAUGGGCCCAUGAGUCAAAUCCAAAUGAAACUGUUUGGGGUGGAUGGGCACGAAUGGCCUUGCCGUUAAUCGAAUUUCAGAUUGUCGAGGUUGGUAAACCUCUCAUCGGUGAAAAAAGUCCAUCUGUUGUCAAAGCAGAUUUGACGAUCAAUUUACCAAGGCGCACUGACAUUCGUGCGGAAUGGGAAGGUCUUCGAAAACAUGAUGUUUGCUUUUUGAUUUGUUGUCGACCUAAAGCUUCAGUUGGUACCAAAUAUAAUAUUACAAAACCAUUCAAAGAGCAAAUCGAUGUUACACUGGUACGUGGAUGUGAAAUCGAAGGCAUGCUUGAUUCAGAAGGAAAAGUCAUUGAGGAAUAUGCUGCAUACGAGAAAAAAACAGUGCUGGUAGGACUUACGAGAAAAUUUAGAGUAUGGCUUGAUGAAAAUCAAUAUCGCUUGGAUACAGAAGGAGAAGAAGAUGCGAUAGAUAAUAUUUAUUAUUCGUUCAACUUACUCAUUCGUCGUGAUCCAAAAACAAAUAAUUUCAAAGCGGUGCUUGCAACAAUCCGACAGUUACUAAAUACAGAAUUUGUAGUGCCGGAUUGGUUACAUGAUCUCAUUCUUGGCUACGGUGAACCAAAUGCGGCCCAUUAUAAAUCAAUGAAUACUGCGGUGCCCACAGUGGACUUCUGCGAUACUUUUUUGUCGUACAAGCAUCUGAUUUCAUCAUUUCCAAAUACGAAGAUUGUAGGAACAAAUGAUGAAGAUCUCGUCCCACCUUUUAGGUUGACCUUCAAGGAACUGGAACCACAACAUGAUCUUGAGCCAUCCAUUCGAAAUACGUCGAUUGUUGUAGAACCGCACGUAAUACCUUGCCGUGGACCUUAUCCUCAUGUUGAACCACGCAAAAAUACUAUACAGUUUACUCCAGCCCAGGUAGAAGCAAUCAAAGCAGGUAUGCAACCUGGUUUAACGAUGGUUGUUGGUCCUCCAGGUACAGGUAAAACAGAUGUAGCGGUUCAGAUCAUUUCUAAUAUUUAUCAUAAUUGGCCUGAACAGCGAACCCUGAUUGUGACACAUUCUAACCAAGCUCUUAACCAACUUUUCGAGAAAAUUAUACAGUUGGAUGUUGAUGAGCGUCAUUUGCUUCGAUUAGGUCAUGGUGAAGAAACUUUGGAAACGGAAAAAGACUUCAGUAGAUAUGGCCGUGUAAAUUAUGUUCUGCAAAAACGGCUUGAUCUCUUAAAAGAGGUUGAAAAGUUACAAGAAGCUCUUGAUGUUGGAGGUGACGUCUCAUACACAUGCGAAACUGCUGGAUAUUUCUUUCUUUAUCAGGUAUUCGCACGUUGGGAAAAAUUUGAAAGUGAUGUUAUUCAAUCAAAAGUAAAUCCAAACCCGAGUGCGAAAGCAAUUGCUGAUCAUUUCCCUUUUACACGAUAUUUUGCCGAUGUUCCGCCACCUCUUUUUAAGGGUGUUUCUUUUGAUGAAGACUGGGAAAUUGCUCAGGGCUGUUGGCGGUAUAUUCGUAGCAUUUUCACUCAACUGGAAGAAUUUAGGUCUUUCGAACUGCUACGUUCGGGCAGGGAUCGUACGGAUUAUCUUUUGGUAAAGGAAGCCAAAAUUAUUGCGAUGACUUGUACUCAUGCGGCUCUACGGCGAAAAGAUUUGGUAGAACUUGGAUUCAGAUACGACAAUAUUUUAAUGGAAGAGGCUGCUCAAAUUCUUGAAGUUGAAACAUUUAUUCCACUUCUCCUUCAGAACCCACAAGAUGGCAGGAGUAGGUUAAAACGAUGGAUUAUGAUUGGUGAUCAUCAUCAGCUGCCACCGGUUGUUCAGAAUAUUGCUUUUCAAAAAUAUUCUAACAUGGAACAGAGUCUGUUUGCAAGAUUUGUUCGACUCGGUGUUCCACAUGUUUUGCUCGACCAACAGGGCCGUGCUAGAGCUGAAAUAGCAGAUCUUUAUAACUGGAGGUAUGAACGGUUGGGUAAUUUGCCGCACAUUGAGGCUCUUCCAGAAUUCCAACGAGCAAAUUCUGGUUUUGCAUUCAAUUAUCAACUUAUUGACGUUCCAGACUUUAAUGGUGUCGGCGAAACAACGCCGAGUCCUUACUUUUAUCAGAAUCUUGGUGAAGCGGAAUAUGCUGUAGCAUUAUUCACAUAUAUGCGCAUAUUAGGCUAUCCUGCAGAAAAAAUAUCAAUUAUAACAACUUACAACGGUCAAGCAUCAUUGUUACGUGAUGUAGUGCAAACGCGAUGUGCUGAAAAUCCUUUAAUUGGAGUACCACAUAAGAUUUCAACAGUUGACAAAUAUCAGGGGCAGCAGAAUGAUUACAUAAUUCUUUCACUUGUAAGGACGAAAAACAUCGGUCAUAUAAGGGAUGUUCGUCGUUUGGUAGUAGCUCUUUCUCGUGCACGUUUGGGCCUUUAUGUGUUGGGACGAGUCAGUUUGUUCCAAAAUUGCCUUGAGCUUGCAACCGCAUUUCAGCGAAAUGGUGAACGUCUGGCAUCCAAACCAAUUCAAAUCGAAGAUACGGUUCACAUGAGUACGUUCGUCCACCAAUUCUACAUGGGUAAUAUGGAACAAAUGAAGAAAAGUUAUAAAGAGCAUAUGAAGGAUUAUUUCGAUGCUCGUCAAGCCGCAAUUAAUGCAAAGUUGGCAGCUGAAGCGGCUGAGAAGGCUGCUGAGGAGGCAAAAACUGAAGAAGAAAAGGGAGUACCAGAACCAACUGCAAUGGAAGUAGAAGCUGAUAUCACUUUCGAAACUAUGGACUUUGAAAGACAAGACCCAGAAAAGCUAGGAAAGUGA